GUUUUUCGCCGCCAUUCAAAUGGCGAAUCCCGGUACAGUUGUUGAGUGGCAAUGGCAGGGUGGGGAAUUGGCGCAUCAUUCUCGAGACAAAGAAUUCAGAUUUGUCUUCUGGGCGUUCGGCCCCGCCAUUCAAACAUUCCUUCGUUGUCCGCCGAUUAUUAGCAUCGACGGCACUCACCUGCGAG